GGUUUAGGUAGUAGGUGUGGUGUGAAACUGUCAGUCAUUUGAGCUGUUAGGACAGAGGUGACGUGAACUCCCUGUGAAGUGACGUCAUGGAACUUGGCCACUAAGCUGACAAUUAAUAACAACAAUGGAUCCAUCUUGUGGAAGAAGCUUCAUGCAAGUCCUUUCUGAGAAAUACAGCCCAGAGAAUUUCCCCUAUAGAAGGGGCCCUGGGGCUGGUGUGCAUGUCCCCCCGGGGCCACAGGUUUCUCCUAUGAAAGACCGUCUGAAUCUCCCCAGUGUCUUGGUUCUAAACAGCUGUGGGAUAAACUGUGCCGGAGAGGAGAGCGAGAUUGCGGCCUUCUGCUCCCAUGUGUCUGAAUUAGACCUCUCUCAUAACAAACUGGAUGACUGGCAAGAGGUCAGCAAGAUUGUGUCUAAUGUUCCUCAGCUGGAGUUCCUUAAUUUAAGCUCCAACCCUUUGCACGUGUCAGUGUUGGGCCGGACGUGUGCAGGUAACUUCUCUAGUAUCCGUACUGUCCUGAACAACUGCAAAGCAUCCUGGGAAACUGUCCAUACACUGCUGCUGGAGCUGCCAAAGUUGGAGGAACUGUUUUUGUGCCUUAAUAACUAUACCACAGUAUUAUGUUCGCCUUGCCUGCUUCCGCUCACUGAAGCUGCUUCAUACUAAGCUGACAAUAACCUCCAGGACUGGUCUGAGAUCCGUAAAUUGGGGACAAUGUGUUUCCCUGCCUAGACACAUUGACUACUGGCAAAUAACAAAGUAUUGAAUAUUGGUGAUUCGGAGGGACACCCUAGCAACGGGCUCUUUCCUAAUCUCCGCUCAAUAAGCCUCCAUAAGUCAGGCUUGAGCUGCUGGGAGGAUAUUGAAAAACUAAACGCUUUACCCAAACUUGAAGAAGUGCGGUUAUUAGGAAUACCCUUGGUGGAGCCUUACAGCACAGAGGAGCGCAGGAAGCUGGUGGUUGCAAGAUUGCCGUCUGUUUCCAAACUGAAUGGUAGUGUUGUCACACAAGGUGAAAGAGAAGACUCGGAAAGAUUCUUCCUGCGUUACUACAUAAACUUCCCAAAGGAAGAAGUCCCAUUAAGGUAUCAGGAACUGGUAUUAAAAUAUGGUAAGCUGGAGCCCUUAGCAGAAGUUGACCUUCGACCACGGAACCGAGUAAACGUUGAUAUCCACUAUGAAGAGAAGGUGGAAAAUAUCAGUAUUCGAUUGGACCAGUCAGUAGCAGAAUUCAAAAAGCAUCUAAAGACUUUAGUGCAGCUUUCCACAAACAACAUGAGGCUCUAUUAUCUGGACCAAGAAGCCCCUUUUGGGCCAGAAGAGCUUAAAUUCAGUACACGGGCCUUACAUUCGUACAAUAUCCGCGAUGGAGCCAAAUUUUAUGUGGAACCCAAAAUUAAAUGACUUUGCACAACAUCGCCUAUAGUGAGAUAUAUAUAUAUAUAUUUAAUAUCAACAUUACGCAGGUUUUUUUGUUUUAUUAUGGUUACUUUUAAACAAAGUACCAUCUUAACCCUUCACGGCAAUGUGUCAGGAUGUCCUGUGACAGUGAUGUCGUUAGCAUCUACAUCAGAGCAGGUUAAAAAAGGAGAGCCAUUCCUGGAGCACUUUUGAGUUUGUGAGAUAUCUUUAACCACUCUGAAAAAUGAACGUUGCGUGAAAAGUCACUUUUUGAAAAAAGAAAAAAAAAUAACUGAAAAGUCCGGUGACUACAAUUGUCGUGCAUUACACAAACAUGUAUAUAAAUAUAUUUUUUGAUUAUUA